AUGUUUGCAUCCUCUGGUUGUUCAUCGUUCUCCGUUGUUCGCGCGUCUGCCGCCUCGAGUCGUCGUCGUCGCUCUUCUUCGUCCUCUUCUUCGUCCUCUUCUUCCUCCUCCUCCUCCUUGACUUUUUAUUAUGCAAAUAAUCGAAACCAAUCGAAGAAGACGACGGCAACAAAUUUUCUUCUUCUUCGCGAUACGAAAAGAAGCUUGAUCGUAUCUAAAGCCAUCGAAGUGGAAGAUGAAGACGACAACGACGCAGAAGUAGUAGAAGAAGAGGAGGAGAAAUCGGACGAUGACUCGUCUGCGUUGAAGGAGUCCCAGUUUACUUCCUAUUUCGCGCAGUUGAUGGAAAACUCGGAUAACGACGUGGACGUGUUGGCCAAGUUCCAAACAGAAGUCAUGGCUUUGGAAAAGUCCGUGAAGGAUAUGGAAGCGCAAGUCCAAGGCGAGCAAGACCAGAAAGCGGCGAUUCAAGAUCAAUACUUGCGAUCCGUGGCGGACUUCCAAAACUUCCAAAAGAGAACGGCGAAGGAAAAAGCAGACUUGGCGCCGGCGGUGAAAUCGAAGAUGGUCGAAGCUAUGUUGCCAGUGUUAGAUAACUUUGACUUGACGGCGAAGAACGUCAAGGGCGAAAACGAAGGAGAAGAAAAGAUAAUCAAAGGAUAUCAGCUGCUUCACAAGCAAUUGCUCGAAACGUUAGAAGCUGAGGGAUUGAAAGUUGUUCCAGGCGAAGGCGAACCGUUCGACCCGAACGUACACGAGGCUAUUAUGAGAGAAGAAUCGGAGGAUGUAGCGGAAGACCACAUCAUGGAAGAGUUCAGAAAAGGGUAUUUAGUGGGCGAAAAGUUAGUGCGCGCCUCCAUGGUCAAGGUCAGCAGCGGUAAACCGUAA